CUCACACCUGCUUAGCUUCAGUGGGUUGCCAGUUGUGAGUUGCAGAGUAAUAUGUAAUUUAUAUUCCAUAUUAAAAGGAGUUUCAAAUGGUUUUUACUUUGUCUCUACCAUAUGCUGUCUAUUUUGUUGCUUAGAAUACAUACUGUGAUAUUGUGAGUCUGUUAAAAAAAACAUAUUACAAAUCUACCCUGACUUUUACACAAUUUAGCCUGAUUUUCUAUCUUUGUCACUGUAAUUACAAUUCAUACCAAACUAAUGUAGUCUCAUUAAGGGUAUGAAGUUCACAUUAAAAAUGGUAAAUUGUUAUACUGUAUGCUUGUAAUCAUUCCCUUUAAUCUGGUUAUUCAUUAAAUAUAUUGCAUUAAAAAAAUUCUCUUUUGUUUUUCAGUACAUAAAGUUUUUAAAAGUUGGAAUUUGAUGGAUAUUAAUGUUAAUUGGAAUCUGGUACACAUUUCGGCAUUAAAGCACUUUCCGUCGCACGAAGGAGAGCGGAGAAAAAACUCUAUCCAUCACGAUUUAAGCUCUGCCCCCCGCUAAACCGCAGUCUUCCUUCUGUUCGUGUGAAGGACACACACCCGGAAAAUAACAGUUACCCUCGGUCGGGACUUCUUCCGACCUCGUACAGGAGGAUGUCUGCGUCAGCGGUUUUCAUCCUGGACUUGAAAGGAAAGGUGCUGAUAUGUCGGAAUUACAUGGGGGACAUGGACAUGAAUGAAAUUGAUCACUUCAUGCCCAUUCUGAUGAAAAAAGAGGAAGAUGCAGACAUUUCUCCACUGCUGACUCACGGAGCCUCACACUUCUUGUGGAUCAAGCACAGCAAUCUCUACUUGGUGGCCAUAACCAAGAAAAAUGCGAAUGCAGCCUUGGUGUUUGCCUUCCUGUAUAAAAUAGUUGAGGUGUUCAAGGAGUAUUUUAAGGAGCUUGAAGAGGAGAGUAUCCGUGAUAAUUUUGUCACUGUGUACGAGCUAAUGGACGAGGUGAUGGAUUUUGGAUUCCCUCAAACGACAGACAGCAAGAUCCUUCAGGAGUACAUUACACAGCAGGGCCACAAGCUGGAGGUGGGUGCACCGAGGCCCCCGGCAACAGUAACCAACGCUGUCUCUUGGAGGUCAGAGGGGAUUAAAUAUAGGAAGAAUGAAGUUUUCAUUGAUGUUAUCGAGUCUGUCAAUUUGCUGGUGAGUGCAAAUGGUAGUGUGCUGCGCAGUGAGAUCGUCGGCAGCGUCAAGCUGAAGGUGGUUUUAUCUGGAAUGCCAGAACUGCGUCUUGGCCUCAAUGACAAAGUGCUCUUCGAAAUCACGGGAAGGGAUAAGAGCAAGACAGUGGAGCUGGAGGAUGUGAAGUUCCAUCAGUGUGUGCGACUUUCUCGCUUUGAAAAUGACCGCACCAUCUCCUUCAUCCCACCAGAUGGGGAGUGUGAACUGAUGGCUUACCGCCUUCAUACCCCUGUUAAGCCCCUCAUUUGGAUUGAAUCUGUGAUAGAAAAGUACUCCCACAGCCGGGUGGAGAUCAUGGUCAAGGCCCGGAGUCAGUUCAAGCAACGAUCCACAGCUAAUAAUGUGGCUAUCAUGGUACCAGUGCCCAGCGAUGCAGACUCCCCAAAGUUCAAGACCAGCACAGGCAGUGCCAAGUGGGUCCCAGAGAAAAAUAUGGUGGUUUGGACAAUCAAAUCCUUCCCUGGUGGGAAGGAGUACCUAAUGCGAGCUCAUUUCGGUUUGCCCAGUGUGGAAAGUGAAGAACUGGAGGGAAAACCACCCAUUACUGUCACCUUCGAGAUCCCUUACUUCACUGUGUCCGGGAUCCAGGUCCGCUACUUGAAGAUAAUUGAGAAGAGUGGCUAUCAGGCCCUGCCCUGGGUACGCUACAUCACACAGAGCGGAGAUUAUCAGCUACGGACAAACUAAGGGGAAAAUCUUGUGAGACAAAUGAAGAAAUAUAAUGCACUAGCACACUUUUUGUAGCCCACAAAUGAAGACAAAACAGAGGAGAGAAUAGAUCAGCCGAUCCCUGAUUACAGCCUGGCAGCUACAGUGUUCAAAGUGAAGGCCUCAGCCAUGGGACCACGGUGACACUGUAUUUUUGUUGAAACAAUAUUUUUUAAAAAGAUUGUCACCACAUUUUAAAAAGACUAGGAAUAAUGUGAUAAAUUGUCAAUAAAUAUGUUUUGAUUCUCUGAAAACUUUCAGAUUUACAUUAUUACUAUUAGUCUGGAAAGAAACCAAAAUGAGGGUAGCUGUCCUAUUAUGUUUAUACUGUAUUAGUUGGUAUUGAGGGCAGAACAUUUUUCUGCUGUUUUGGUGAUUUUCUCUCAAAGGAGCAUAGUUGCAUUUCAGAGUGUUACAUGAAACAUCUUUAAAAAAUCUUACCUUUAAAAUGUUUCACAAUCUCUAAAAAAAGAGCACUUGGAGGUAUUUUCACAAUGUAAUAUCACCUGAUGUUAUCCUGGCCUUUGGCAUUUAUAAAAAGGAAUUGCAGUCUCAUUACCAAUAAUGUACACACCUUAGAAACCAAGCAAAUGAUUAACUUAGACUUUGUUCUGUAGGUCUUUGUUUUCUGACAUUUGAGGGUUUCAUUUAUAAGUCUCUUGAUACAGCAGAGAAUGUGCAUUUGGAAUGGAAAUCAAAAGAUUUUCUUACUUUCAUUACACCAGACAAUAUUCUGAGUAAUAAUUGUCUUGAAGCUUAUAACAAACAUCAGAAUUACAAAUUAUUUUCUUACAAUGUAAACAGACACAAUGUUUUUAUUGAUUUUUCCUUUCUUGGUUUCCAUACUAAUAAGAACCCAAUUCUUUUUUGUGUAUUCUGACCUUGAUUCUGUGCACUUUUUUUUUUUGCUGACACAAAACCAACAACCAACACACUAUAGCAAAGAGUAACUAGACCUGCUUUAGACAUGUGUGGAACUCAUGGUUAGUUCAGGAGUUCUGCAACUUUUUUAGACACAGAGUACAUAAUGAGGUGACAAUGAUGAAUGAUGCCUGUCAGCACUUAAAGCUGCUCAGGACCAGGAGAAUGUUCAGAAAUAUUUCACUGUGACUAUGAGACACAAGAUUUCCUUAUGCACUGGGAUCCUUAGCCAAAUAAAGGCUUCAUGUUUUGGGGUUUUCUCAUCCUGGCGUUUGUCAUUUUCUUUUGCUUUUGGUUGAUGCGAGUUGUUUGUUCAAGCUUCCCUGUUUGUUUCUGUCCUAAAUCUCUCAUCUGUUAAAGCUGCUGUGAACUAUCCUGUCUGUGGCGAUGUCACAGUAUGUGUAUGCAAUGACUAUAGUAUGUGCCACUUUGUCAAUGACACAUACUUGGAAAUGUCUUCUUAGGAGGUGAU